GCAGAGAAUCAGUUUAAUUACCUGGUGACAACUACACAAUUAGAAAGGGUUCCAUCUAUUUUAUUUAUUGGUGCAGAUUAAAAAAAUGGGUAAAAUGAGAAAUAACCGCUUCCACGUCUUAGUUGUUCUUCUUUGUUUUUCCAACUUUUGCGAAUCAACAAUUUCAGAAUGCGUCGGUGAACCUCAGGUGGUCGAGUGUCCCCCAUCGGAAGAGGGUAUCCCUACAUAUCAUCCCUACCCAUACGACUGUCGCAAGUUCAUCGAAUGUACGAAUGGUCACGCGAUCGUGCAGUGCUGUGCUCCUGGGACGGUGUGGGAUCAAGACUUGCUUGUCUGCAAUCAUGAAUUUAUUUCACCUUGCGUCAUCGUCACCACUCCAGCCACCCCAGAUUCGACAUUGAUUUCUACACAAGAAACUCAAACCACAACCACAGCGACUACGACUACACCAACUACUACGAGGCCAACUACGACUACACCAACAACUACGAGGCCAACUACGACUAAACCAACUACUACGAGGCCAACUACGACUACACCAACAACUACGAGGCCAACUACGACUACACCAACAACUACGAGGCCAACUACGACUACACCAACAACUACCACUCCAACUACGACGACACCAACAACUACGACCACACCAACAACUACCACUCCAACAACUACCAGACCAACCACAACAACUAGACCCAGCACAACAAACUCACCGCCACAGCAACUGGUUAUUCAAAGGCGCGGAUUUAACUACGGUGUGGAACAGCGGGACCAUUUCUAUAGGAACUGGACAGAAUAUGAAGUCGGAUUUGGAAAUCGUGACAGGGACUUUUGGUUAGGUGACUCUUUGGCGUAUCACUUAGGGAAUAAAUUCAGCACAUUUGAUAGAGACAACGAUAACACCAAUCACAAUUGCGCUGAAAGAUACAUGGGUGCAUGGUGGUUUAAUAAUUGCUUUCUGUCUCAUUUAAACGGUGAAUACAAAAAUUCAUCAACUACAAUUUCGAACGGAGGACUUAUUUGGUCCCUCUGGACAGAUUGGGGCUACUCCCUGAAGGCAUGUGAAAUGAAAAUAAUCCGGAAUAAUUAAAAAGUGAUUGCAUAAUGAUAUAAAUUGUCAUUCUUGAUACUGAAGAAAUAAAAUGGCCUCUGCUUAAUUCGAAAA